UUGAAAUCAAGAAGAGAACAGAGCGUAGAACGCUAAAAACAUGAAAGCACGCUUCACGACAUUACAGGAGCUUUUUCGACUAGAGAAGGAGCAGAAGGAACUGGAGAAGCAAUCGAUUACAAACCAACUGAUCCAAAAACAGCAGAGCAUGUUCAGAGAAUAUCCAGAACUACGAGUGAAUUUCGCAGUAGCGACAAAAGACUGGAUUUGGAACAGCUCUUACAGUUCUUGCUGUCUUGCAACUUAGAUUUACAUAUUCUGUUAUCGUUUUAGCAGAAAAAAAAUUCAAAAUUACUUAAAGUAACAUGAUUUAAUUAUACUUGUUUUCUUGCCUUUU